AUUUGACAGACGAAGCCCUGUGCAAUUCCUCGUUCACAAAUCAUCAUAUCCUUCUCACUAUCCUUGACAUUCAGCAUGGGGAUCCUAUCAGAAGUGUACUAUGCCGCCGUCUUGUUCUGGCGUGUUUUCUUCCUUCGAGGCGACUUUACUACAAGUAAGAUGCCUGACCUCACGGGCCAUGUGAUUGUGGUCACAGGCGGAAAUACCGGCAUUGGUUGGGAGACGAUCAAGGCUCUCCUGGAGCAUAAUGCCAAAGUGUACAUGGCUUCGCGCAGCAAACAGCGCGCUGAGGUAGCCGUUGCACGUCUGAAGGAGGAAACGGGCAAGGAACCGAUUUUUCUCGAGCUGGACUUGGGUGACUUGAAGUCGGUGCGGAGGGCUGCUGAUGAGUUCCUAAGCAAGGAACAGGAGCUGCAUGUGCUAUUUAAUAACGCUGGCGUCAUGACCCCUCCCAAAGAACAGCUUACCGCGGAUGGGUACGACCUGCAAUUCGGCACUAACGUCAUAGGCCACUUCCUGUUCACCGAAUUGCUCAUGCCCGCACUCUUUGCUGGCGCCCAAUCAUCUCCGGACCACCAUGCGCGCAUUAUCACGACCUCUUCUGGUGCUGCCAUGCUCGGUCAUAUCAACUUUAAUUCUUGGAAGGCAGGCACCUCCCGACAAAAUGUAUCGGUCAGAUUCUUGUAUUUUCAAAGCAAGCUGGCGAACGCGAUCGUCGCUAGGCAGAUCGCGAAGCGGUAUGCGGAUAGGGGAAUCAUCUCCAUCUCCGUUGACCCAGGUAGACUUCGAUGCGCACUCCCGUUACCGCUGUCAAUGCUACCUCUGCUUCUCAUGC